AUGCCAGAAGAAAUCACUUCAACAGCCUCUCCCGCUGCUCCGCACGAACCCCCCUUCACCUACACCGCCAGCCAGGGCUACGUCGAGCCGUGCCAUCAAGUGCCUCCCGAAGUACGCAUGCCGCGGGGUGCCCCUCACCCAGAAGAGUACAACGAAGACGAGGACAACGACUUUGACGAUAUUUUCGAGGACGAUGACAUGGGAGACGACGAAUGGAGCGGAGACGCCAGGGACCUCACAAAGAAUUACAACCGUCAGCGUCAGCUGCAGGAUAACACCAACGGAACUGCUGCUGCCCCGCGAUUGAACCAGCAAAAACCAACAGCCAACACAUUCGCAAGUGUGGACGACCAGGUCUCGGCGCUCUCAAAACACGCCGCCAAGAUACGCCUAGACACUGUCAAGCAGGGUGAUGACAAGGACAGGGACAAGGACAAGGCCGAUCGCGCCACCAGCGAUCAGGUGCUUGAUCAACGGACCCGCAUGGUCUUGCUGCAGAUGAUAAACCGCGGCUUUGUCAGUGAGGUCCACGGUGCGAUUAGCACGGGAAAAGAGGCCAAUGUCUAUGGGGCGAUGCUCGUCGACGACGAGACCGGCCACGUGGCCCACAAGGCCAUCAAAGUAUACAAGACGGCCAUCUUGGUCUUCAAGGACCGAGAGCGGUAUAUUGCAGGAGAACAUAGAUUCAAGGGUGGUUUCGACAAGGGAAAUAGCCGCAAGAUGGUCAAGCUGUGGGCGGAAAAAGAGUUUCGAAACUUGAGGAGAAUCCACACAGCUGGUAUUCCUUGCCCGGAACCCAUCACGCUCAAGCUGCAUGUUCUCGUCAUGGGGUUCCUGGGGGACAACAGGGGCUGGGCGUACCCACGACUCCGCGAUGCCACUCUCACUGGGGAGGACGUCGACCAGCAGUGGAGACGCCUGUAUAUUCAGCUCCUCGGCGUAAUGCGGAAAAUGUACCAAGUUUGUCGCCUCGUCCACGCCGAUCUCAGUGAGUACAAUAUCCUAUACCACGAUGGCCUCCUCUACGUCAUCGACGUAUCGCAAAGUGUGGAACCCGAUCACCCCCGUUCUCUGGAGUUUUUGCGGAUGGACAUCAAAAACGUGGGCGACUUCUUCAGGCGCAAGGGCGUAGAUACUCUCGCGGACAGAGCCAUCUUUAACUUCAUCACCUCUACUGCCGGCCCCGUCGAAGAGCCUGGUCUAGCUGAAACAAUAGACAAGUUGUACGGGUCUCGCGAAUUCGCAGUGGACGAAGACGCCCUCGCCACGUUGGAAGUCGACAACGAAGUUUUCCGCAACCAGUACAUUCCCCAGACCCUAGAGCAAGUGUACAAUAUUGAGAAGGAUGCGCAGAAACUCAGCCAGGGAGAGGGCGGUGACCUGGUGUACAAGAAUCUGCUGGCAGACCAGGUUGUACAACCGAAGAAAGACGAGGGGGAGGAAGGCGAAGAAACCUCGGAAGACGAGUCUGGCUCCGGUGUCUCCCUAUCCGACAGCGAAUCCGGCGAUGAUGGUCGAUUCGACAAAGGCAGACCCCGCGGUCGCAAGUUCGAGGACAAGGAUGAAAAGAAGGUGUGCCAUCUUGCCAAUUUUCCAACUCGUACUGUAGUCGUCUAG